UCACAGCACUUAAGAGGUCAUUUGAAGUGGAGGAGGAUACAUCCACAAACCCUUCCCCGCUUUCCCGUAGAACAACCAACCCUCUGCGCUCCUCCGGCACUUCAUCAAGCAGUCGUUUCCAUGACCUGAGAUCCCUGAACUCUGAGCCCAUGUCCAGGCACGCUUCAGAUUCCUCCUCCAACCAGCGCUCUCCAAAGUCCAGCCUGCGCCGUGUGGAGUUAUCAGGAGGCCGUGUUCCAGAGACUGUGUCACGUAGGACAGAGAUCUCCAUUGACAUCUCCUCAAAGCAGGUGGACAGCUCGCCCAGUCCUGGCAUUGCCCGUUUUGGCUUAAAAAGACCUGAAGUCUCGCUUCAAAGCAAAGCCACAGAUGCACCUCUCCACAGAAGGGCUGAAGGUAACCACAGCAGAGCCCAGGAACCCCCAGCACCUCCCAGAAGAGCUGACCCGCCAGUAUCUACAUCCCGGAUCCCUGAGCUGUCCCAAAGGCGAGCAGAGCCUCCCAGCCCUCUUGACAUCUCCGCUCCAUCUAGACGGGCUGAGAUGCACGUUAACAGACAGCUCUCGGACACACAGUCUCCUGCAAGAGAGUCAGAGAACAGCUUCACCUCGGCAGCCAGCAUCACUCCUACCUUCAAUGAAUACAAAACCCCUCCAUCAGUGCAUGAAGCCCCCAUAAGGCCUCUUGAGAGGUCAGAGGUCACUUCCAGCUACAGCAGCAGUAGCAGCAGCAGCAGUAGCAUCAUGGCAGAUUCUGUUAUCUCAGAGAUUCCCCCAACCAUGUGCCUGGAGAAACCCAGCAUCGACUUCAGCUACGUGGGCAUCGAUGCCAUCCUGGAGCAGAUGAGGAGGAAGGCCAUGAAACAGGGCUUUGAGCUCAACAUCAUGGUAGUGGGUCAGAGUGGUUUGGGGAAGUCCACACUGAUGAACACGCUCUUCAAGUCUAAGGUGAGCCGUAAGUCUUUCAUGGGUACAGCUGAGGAAAAGAUCCCCAAAACCAUCGAGAUCAAGUCCGUCAGUCAUGACAUUGAGGAGAAAGGAGUUCGUAUGAAGCUGACUGUCAUAGACACACCAGGGUUUGGGGACCAGAUCAACAAUGAGAAUUGUUGGCAGCCCAUAAUGAAGUUCAUCAAUGACCAGUAUGAGCAGUACUUGCAGGAAGAGAUCAACAUUGACAGGAAGAAGAGGAUCCCAGACUCACGAGUGCACUGCUGCAUAUACUUCAUACCACCCACAGGACACUGUCUUAGGCCUUUGGAUGUAGAGUUUAUGAGGCGUCUCAGUAAGGUGGUGAACAUAGUUCCUGUUAUCGCUAAGGCUGACACUCUGACUUUAGAGGAGAGAGACUUCUUUAAAAAGAAGAUCAGGGAAGAGCUUCGAGCCAAUGGGAUUGACGUCUAUCCACAGAAAGAGUUUGACGAGGAUGCAGAGGACAGAAUGAUUAAUGAGAAAAUAAGAGAGAUGAUCCCUUUCGCAGUAGUAGGAAGUGACCAGGAGUACCAGGUCAAUGGGAGACGACUCUUGGGAAGAAAAACAAAAUGGGGAACCAUUGAAGUUGAGAAUAUUGCCCACUGUGAGUUUGCCUACCUGCGGGACCUCCUUAUAAGAACCCACAUGCAGAACAUUAAAGACAUCACCAGCAGUAUCCACUAUGAGAUGUACCGUGUCUGUCGGCUCAACGAGAAUAACACUCAAGCCAAUGGUCUCGCCGAUCACCAUCCGGCCUCUCACGAAAUAUAGCGCUCCUAUCCCAUCCUCCCCUCUACCCCAUUUUUUCCACUACUCUCCAAUACCCAACCCUUAUUUCACCAAACUGCCCCCUGAAUCAGGCUUGGACCAAGGUGAAGAGGUCCAUCAAGAGAAGCACAUAAUGACUUUAUCUCCCAGAAACCAUUAAAGCCUCUGCAUGGGCACUGCAGGGGUGAAGGUCAAAAAUACAGCUGUUAAAGAGCGCUUCGAUUUACCGCAUGCAUUUGAAUUCACUCUGUCGGUGUCUAUGUGUGAUAUAUAAGGCAUGUGAAUGGUUAGCUCGUUACAUGCAGCAUCACUCUUUCUUUUAAUUGAUCAGCAAUGCUCCUCAUGAGAUUCAUCAAAAGUAUCUCUAAAUAUUUAUUCUUAAUUUUGAGCGAGACACAAGUCAUAUUUUAAACCAAAAGCUGUACAAACUUCCAUUCAGCAUUAUGAAACUACAACUUAUACUGUCUUGAAUACUAGUUCCCUUUAGCAUUAUGGGAAACUUGGCAUUUUUUUAAAACAUCUGUGCAAAUAAUUGCAGGAAAACUGACUCAUUGGACCCUCGGUAUCAUUUAAAAGCAGUAAUGAUUGGAGUUACAGGUUUGGGGUUUGUGUUGGAAAGAUUAUCCAAACUGAAUAGUAUUUAUGUCAAUUAAAUGAGAUCGUUGCAUCCUUUAUUCAAACGGUCUUAUUUAUUGCAGAAUGUGACCUGAACUGGACAGAGAACAGCAGUGCUUUCAACAGGCUUUUAAUGAGUUGUUUAAUUGUGUUUUUAUCAGGCAAUGCUCACUGCCGUUUAUCUUAAUCCUUCCAGAUCGCCUGGUUCUCUUCCAGUCAUUGUGAAUAUGUACACCAUCUUUUGUCAGUUUAGGUGUCGUGUUUUUUUAGCCUAGAGGAAAAGGCCUACAGGAGAGGAUAUGUCAAGUGCCAAGAUGCCCAUGUGCCUUAAAGCUGCCUGCCAACAGUACAAUUCCUCAGGCUUUGUUCUCGUCUGCAAACCCCUUUAUAAAAGCUUGUCAUUGGGAAAAUAUCUUUGUUUUGUCCUGUGCUGUAUAUUCAUAGUGAUACAAUUGUUUUGUAUUGGUAUUCAGAGUAACACAAAUAACUUUGAUAACCUGUUAUUUUAAGGAAAUAAAGAUUUAAAUGGUAAA